GCACAUAUAUAUAUAUGUAUAAAUAAUGAUGGAUAUAGAAAUUGAAGAAGUUGAAGAAAAUAUAUUAUCAUUCAGAGAUAAUAAUUUGGAUGACUCAUUAUAUAGCAGACAAAGAUAUGUAUUGGGUGAUUUCGCAAUGUCAAAAUUAUCAAAGGGUGACAUAUUUAUUAGUGGUAUUGGUGGCUUGGGUGUAGAAAUAGCAAAAAAUUUAAUUCUAGCUGGUAUCAAAUCAAUUACUUUACACGAUUGUAAAUUAGUUUCCAAGUAUGAUUUAUCAUCACAAUUUUAUUUAAGCCAUAAUCAAAUUGGUAAAGAGAAUAGAGCUGUUGCAUCACAUACAAAUCUUCAAGAGCUAAACCCAUACGUUAAAGUUAAUACCUUUACAGAGUCAUCACUCUCGGAAUUAAUUAAAACAAAUAAAAAUUAUUUCUUACAAUUUAAAUGUAUAAUUUUAACAGAAAGCAAUUUAAAUGAUCAAAUUUUAAUUAAUGAAAUUUGCAGAGAAAAUAAUAUCUAUUUUUUAAUGGCUGAUUGUCAUGGUUUAAUAAGUUGGUGUUUUAAUGACUUUGGCGAAUCAUUUAAGGUAUUUGAUAAAAAUGGUGAAGAAACUAAAGAGAUUUUCAUUUCAAAUAUUUCAAAAUCAACUGAAUCCCCAGAAAAGACUGUUGUAACAUGUAUGGAAGGUCAUCAUCAUGGUUUUGAGGACAACGAUAUGGUAGAGUUUAAAGAAAUUAUUGGUUUGGACCAAAUCAACAAUACAAAGCAUAAAAUUCAGGUAGUCAAUAGCAAUAGUUUUUCAAUCAAUUUAAAUAUUUCAAACUAUUCACCAUAUCAAAGAGGUGGUAUUGUAGCCCAAAUUAAAACUACAAACAAAUUAAAUUUCAAAUCAUUAAAAGAAUCAAUUGUCAACCCAGAUAUUAUUGAUUUUGAUUUUUUAAAAGAUCCAAAAAAAUUGCACAUUAUCAGACAAUCAUUAGAAUUAUUUAAAGAGAAACAUAAUGGAGAGUUACCAAAAGAAUAUGACCAAAAUGAUUUCGAGGAAUUUUUAGAACAAACUUUAGAGCUUCUAAAUAAUAAUUAUUUCAAUUAUAGUAUUUCACCAAUGGAAUUUGAUAAAGAGUAUAUAAAAAAGAUAUCAUAUAGUUGCCGAGGUAAAAUUUGUUCAACAACAGCUGCAUUAGGUGGUUUUGUAGCGCAAGAAGCUUUGAAAUCUUUAACUGGUAAAUUCACACCAUUAAAGCAGUGGUUAUAUUUCGAAAAUUUAGAUCUAUUCCCCAGUUUCAACGACGAACAGUUAAAUAAAGAACUAUUAUCAAACUUUUAUACAGCUGCUAACUCCACAUUAAAAUCAAAUAGACAAUAUGCUCAAUUAAUCUGUCUUGGUGAAAAAAUUUGCAAAAAACUUGAAAGCUCAAAAUUAUUUAUGGUUGGUUCUGGUGCUAUUGGUUGUGAAAUGCUAAAGAAUUUCGCUUUGUUAAGUGUGGCCUGCAAUAAAGACUCGAAUGCUUUAAUAACUGUUACCGAUAAUGAUCUUAUCGAAAAAUCAAAUUUAAAUAGACAAUUUUUAUUUAGAAAUAAAGAUAUCAACCAAUCCAAAUCAUUAGUAGCUUCAAGGGUAACCGAGCAUAUGAAUCCAUCCAUUCAAAUUAAGGCACAUCAAGAUAAAAUUGACCCUAAUACAGAACAUAUUUAUAAUAGCACAUUUUAUGAAUCACUGGAUUGUGUUGUUAGUGCAUUAGAUAAUGUUGAAGCUCGUCUCUAUUUAGAUAAGCAAUGUAUCACAAACAAAUUAGCAUUUUUAGAAAGCGGUACACUUGGUACAAAAGGUCACGUUCAAGUAAUUUUGCCCUAUUUAACAGAGACAUAUGCUUCUCAAAAAGAUCCAAAUGAGAAACAAACACCAUUCUGCACAUUAAAAUCUUUCCCAACUAAUUUAGAUCACUGUAUUCAAUGGUCAAGAGAUAAAUUCGAAAAGUUCUUUACAAUUAACCCAAAUGAAUUAGAAAAGUUUAUAAAAGAAGAAAAUUAUUUAGAGAACUUAUUAAAUUCAGAUUCAUCAAAUAAAAUUUCAACAUCGAAAUCACUCUUUAAGAUGAUGAAUAAUCUACCAUAUACUUUUCAAGAUUGUAUUACCUAUUCAAGAAUCAAAUUUGAAAAGCUCUUUAAUCAUUCAACUCAACAGCUUUUAAAGAAUUAUCCAUUAGAUUUAGUUACUAAAGAAGGUGUACCAUUUUGGAGCUCACCAAAAAGACCACCAACACCAUUAAAGUUUGACGAAAAUGAUUCAUUACAUUUAUCAUUCAUCAAAAAUUUAUCAUUACUUUUAGCAGAAAUUUAUAAUGUAUCAAUUCCAUCCGAUAUUAGCGAAGAGUCUAUUGUCAAAUUUAUAAAGAAUGUUACCGCUUCAAUCCCAGAAUUUAAAUCAAAGAGUAAAGUAAUAAUAUCAGAUGAAAAAGCAGCAGCUCCAGUUGAAAACUUUACAUUGGAACAAUUUAAAGAAUUACAAAUAAAUUUAACAAAUAAAUUAAAAGAAUUUAAAGAAAAGAACUCAAAUUUUGGUAUUAAACCAUUACAAUUUGAAAAAGAUGACGAUUCAAAUCAUCACAUCAAUUUUAUUACUUCAAUCUCAAAUCUAAGAGCUAGAAUUUACCAAAUUACUGAAUGUGAUCGUUUCAAAGUUAAACUAAUUGCUGGUAAAAUUAUUCCUGCUAUUGCUACUACCACUAGUGUUAUCUCUGGAUUUCUUUCUUUAGAGUUAAUCAAAACUCUCUCGAGUGAUUUUAAAGAAAAAUUUGCAAACAAAGAAUUAGAUCAAAAUGCUAUUUUAUCUCAAUUUAGAAACUACUUUGUAAAUUUAUCAAUACCAUCAUUCCAAUUAAGUGAACCUGCUCCUCCACCAAAAAUUAAAAUUACCAAUGAUACUUUUACUACACUAUGGGAGUCUUGGGAUAUCAAUAAUCCAGAUAUUUUAACAAUAGGUGAUUUUAAUUCAUAUAUCGAGAAGAAAUACAAUCUAAAAGUUAGUGGUAUUUAUCAAGAUGUAUCGAUUGUUUAUAUGUCUGCACUACCAUCACAUAGAAAGAGAUUAACUUUACCAAUUAAAAGUCUUUUAAAUUUAGAAGAAAAUCAAAAAUUUGUUGAACUAUAUGUAUCUUAUUUGGAUGGUGAAAAUGAAGCUAAAGGACCACCCGUUAGAUUAUAUGUCCAAUAUUAAAAAAAAAAAAUUUUAAUAAAAACAGUAUUUUUUGUUGGUCCAAAUUCUAAAUUU